AUGGCUGCGUACAAGAAGAACCAAGAGGAGAUAGCCAAAGCUGCCAAGCUGGCUCAUGUUCCCGGGGGCGAGGAUUAUGAGAAGAUGAUAUCCGGCAUGCUGUACGAUGCUUUUGUGCCUGAGCUGGAGGUCGCUCGACUCCGGGCUAGAAAGUGGGCGAUGAAGUACAAUACGACGUUUCCCGACGCGGAUACAUUCGACGGCGUAGCCAAAGUCCGGCUGUCGAUGCUUCAAGAAAUCAUUGGGCAUAUUGACGAUGAAGAAGCGUUUAUCGAACCGCCCUUCUCCAUCGACUAUGGCUGCAACAUCAGUCUUGGCAAGCGAUUUUAUGCCAACUUCAACCUCACCAUUCUCGACUGCGCCAUCGUAACUAUAGGCGACCGUGCUGUAUUUGGACCUAACGUGUCCCUCCUGGCCGCCACUCACGAGACCGAGGUGGCUAGCCGACGCCAGGGUGUUGAGUACGCGAAGCCCAUCACUAUUGGAAACGACUGCUGGCUCGGUGGCCAUGUUGUUAUCCUCCCUGGCGUCACUAUAGGGGACGGAUGUACCAUCGCGGCUAGCUCUGUUGUAACCAAGGACAUCCCCUCUUGGAGUGUGGCCAUGGGCGCGCCGGCGCGCGUGGUGAAGAAGGUGCAAGCCCUCAAAUGA